UGGUGUGAAGCCAAUCAAAACUUCACAUGCAGGAAAAAACUGGGAAAGAAAAAAAAUAGUGUGCUGAAAGCCCGAGUUUUCCCGGGGUGGGUUUUAAUCAUGAUUAAUUUUUUUUCGAACGUCACUUCCCCUGAUUAAGAAGCCUACAACAAUUCUCUUUUUCUUUUUCUUUCUUUUUUCUUUACAAAAUAAUAAAAAUGUUCAGCACCAAGGCUUCUUCUAUUUUACGUUCAACUGUUCAUGUUGCUCGUCGUACUUAUGCUAACAACGGUGGUUAUGAAUCCACCUACAAGAACUUGAUGAUCAACAAGGAUACCAAGGUUAUCUGUCAAGGUUUCACUGGUAAACAAGGUACUUUCCACUCCCAACAAGCCAUUGAAUACGGUACCAACAUGGUCGGUGGUGUUUCUCCCAAGAAGGCCGGUCAAACUCACCUUGGUCUUCCUGUUUUCGGUUCUGUUCGUGAAGCUGCUGAACAAACCAAGGCUGAUGCCAGUGUCAUUUACGUUCCUCCUCCUGCUGCCGCUGCUGCUGUUUUGGAUGCUAUUGAAGCUGAAAUUCCUUUGGUUGUUGCUAUUACUGAAGGCAUUCCUCAACACGACAUGAUGCGUGUUAAGCAAGCCUUGAUGACUCAAAACAAGACUCGUUUGGUUGGUCCCAACUGUCCUGGUAUGAUCUCUGCUGAACAAUGUAAGAUUGGUAUCAUGCCUGGUUCUAUCUUGAAGCGUGGUAGAAUUGGUAUUGUUUCUCGUUCUGGUACUUUGACCUAUGAAGCUGUUCAACAAACCACAGAUGUUAACCUCGGUCAAACUCUCUGUGUUGGUAUUGGUGGCGAUCCUUUGAAUGGUACCAACUUCAUUGACUGUCUCAAGGUCUUCUUGGAAGAUAAGGAAACUGAAGGUAUUAUCAUGAUUGGUGAAAUCGGUGGUACUGCCGAAGAAGAAGCUGCUGAAUUCUUGAAGGAAUACAACUUGACCAGAGAUGUUCCUAAGCCUGUUGUUUCUUUCAUUGCUGGUUUGACUGCUCCUCCAGGUCGUAGAAUGGGUCAUGCUGGUGCUAUCAUUUCUGGUGGUAAGGGUGGUGCUGGUGAUAAGAUCAAGGCUCUUGAAAAUGCCGGUGUUCGAGUCACUCCUUCUCCUGCCAAGUUGGGUACUACUUUGUUGCAAGCCAUGAAGGAUGCUGGUUUGGCUUAAUAUAUAUAUAUAUAUAAUAUCCCCUUACUCUUUUAUGUUGUUUUUUUAUAUAUUACGUAAAAAUAUAAGAUAGACUUUUUUA